AACUGGACAAGACAAACUUAUCAGAACUGUGCUGACAAAGGGAGUCGCUGGCAUUGGAAAAACAGUCUCUGUGCAGAAGUUCAUUCUGGACUGGGCUGAAGGAAAAGCAAAUCAGGAUGUUCAAUUUGUAUUUUCAUUCCCUUUUCGGGAGCUGAAUUUAAUGAAAGGGGAAAACCACACUUUGAUUGAACUUCUCAAUCACUUCUCAAUGGAAACCAAAGAAUCAAGAAUCUCCAACUACAACAAGUACAAAGUUCUGUUCAUCUUUGAUGGUCUUGAUGAGUGCCAACUGCCCCUAGACUUCCAGAAGAACAAGAUAUGUUGUGAUGUCACAAUGUCAACCUCAGUGGAUGUUCUGCUGACAAACCUCAUCAAGGGAAAUCUGCUUCCCGCUGCUCUCCUCUGGAUAACUACCCGACCUGCAGCAGCCAACAAGAUCCCUUCAGGUUGUGUUGACCAGGUGACAGAGGUACGAGGGUUCAAUGACCCACAGAAGGAGGAGUACUUCAGGAAGAGAUUCAGUGAUGAUGAGGACCUGGCCAGCAGAAUCAUCUCACACAUAAAGACAUCAAGGAGCCUCCACAUCAUGUGCCACAUUCCAGUCUUCUGUUGGAUUUCUGCAAUAGUCCUUGAAGACAUGCUGAAACAUAAGAGAGAAGAGAUGCCCAAGACUCUGACUGAGAUGUACACACACCUUGUGGUGUUUUAUACCAGACAGAAGAAUGAAAAGUAUCUUGGGAAAGAAGAGACAGGUCCAGAUUUGAAUAAAGAGGGCAUUCUGUCACUGGGAAAACUGGCUUUUCAACAGCUUGUCAAGGGCAAUCUGAUUUUCUAUGAAGAAGACCUGAAAGAGGCUGGAAUCGAUAUCAAUGAAGCCUCAGUGUACUCAGGAUUGUGCACACAGCUCUUUAAAGAGGAAUGUGGGCUGUACCAGGACAAGGUGUACUGCUUCGUGCAUCUAAGCAUUCAGGAGUUUCUGGCUGCUGUAUAUGUGCUCCUCUCAUUCAUCAACAACAAUGAGAAUCUAAUGGCCAAACUGCAUUCAACGAGUAUUAACUUUUCUUCGCUAUUCAGAGUCCAGCUUGAAGUUGCUUUCUACAAGAGUGCUGUGGAUAAAGCCUUACAAAGUGAGAGGGGAAACCUGGACCUUUUCCUCCGCUUCCUUCUGGGCCUCUCACUGGAGUCCAAUCAGAAGCACUUACGAGGUCUACCAACAGAGACAAGAAGUAGCUCACAGAGCCAUGAAGAAACAGUCAAGUAUAUCAAGGAGAAGAUCAGGGAGAACCCCUCUCCAGAGAUGUGCAUCAAUCUGUUCCACUGUCUGAAUGAACUGAAUGACCAUUCUCUAGUGGAGGAGAUUCAAAGCUACCUGAGCUCAGGAAGUCUCUCUAGAGCCAACCUGUCACAUGCACAGUGGUCAGCUCUGGUCUUUGUGUUGCUGACUUCAGAGAAGGAGGUGGAAGUGUUUGACCUGAAGAAAUACUCCAGAUCAGAGGAAGGUCUUCUGAGGCUGCUGCCAGUGGUCAAAUCCUCCAUAGCUGCUCUGCUGUCAGGCUGUGGAGUCAAAGAGAAAGGCUGUGCUUCUCUGGAUUAA